AGAAAAAAGAAUUUAAGUUUCGGGAUGGAAAGGCCAGUGUGCUGUUGUUUACCUGGCUGUGUGACCACCGACCAUCCCCUCUGUAUUUGAAAGAAUACUCAGUGUGCAUGGGUUUUCGGCCAAGAUUGUUUUACAUUUAAACAGGGAAGCUGAACAUUAGACAUGUUUGGGACAGUUGAAGAGCAGGAAGUGAUUGCAAAUGAACUACAAGAGUGUCCAUGUUGUCAGCGAUGUAUACUGCGUUAUUUAGGGUUCAGAAUACCCUCCCAGUUCAAAGGAAACAGUCCUUCAGAGAUUAUCAACAAGAUUUUACAUAAGACAGCAUCCUCAGAUUUGAAAACAGAUAAUGCAACAUUAUCAGAUGAAGCUACAACCCCAUCUUCAUUAAAUGCUACAAAAGAAAAUACAGCCAACGAUGUUGAAUUGGUUAAGAAUGAUAACAAUGGGGACACUAAGUCCAGAAUAGAAAUACCUAAGAAAGAGAAUGGCGAAGAGAUUGAUAAUGCGAUGGAUGUUGGUAGAUCGGAAGGGGAGGAAGGUGGUCUAUUAUGCAUAUCAUGUUUAGGAACCUUGCAAGAUAAAUAUUCAUCAUUGUUUGUGUCAAAGGUGAUAGCAACAGUUCAAGAAGCGGAUCAUAAAUUUGAAUCGUUUCAGCUGAGUGUCUCGUUAUCAGUUCAAUUUAUACUAAGGCAGCAUGCUAUUUGGAAACAUUUGCAAACAAACUAUGAAUCUGUCUACAGCAAGCGUAAGCUGGAUGAAAUUUCUACCAUUAAAGAUGUACUGAAGUGGGUAUAUGGCCCGAAACUUAGCUCGCCCCUUGAUGUCCGAUUCAGUCCAAUGAGUCUUUUUGAAAUUGGGCUGUCCAUCAGCCAUGCUGCUACAAGUAGAGAAUGUGAUUUUUUGAUCCCAGAUACUAGAAAGAGAAGUGAGCCACCAAGCAAGCGAAGAAGGAAAUUACAGAAUUUUGAUGGCGUGUCUCGCACAGUGGUACAAAAUAAAUUGUCAGAGAUGCCCACUGAAGAGCUCCAAAGGCAGUACCCUUGGCCUCCAUACACCCCUUCAGAGGCCUGUGUAGUGAAUGUGACAAUAUCCCAUGCACCGGUAUUUGUAGCAGGAAGGUACAACAAAUACUCUCGGACAUUAAGUCAAACACCGUGGUUGAUCGAUGGUGAGCGAAAAACACAGAAUUCAGUUGAAGAAUACAUUUGCAUACCAAUUAAAAAAAAACUGCAAGCCAAAGAUUACAAAUUUUCUUCUUCCGGGAGAGAAGAUGUUGAUGUAUUGACAUUAGGAAGAGGCAGGCCAUUCCUAGUUGAGCUACUGAAUCCACACCGAGCUUUACAAGGGCAAGAAGAUAUGACAGAAUUACAAGAGUUUAUAAAUUCCAGAACCGAAGAUGUUGCUGUAAGUGACUUGCAGAUGGUCACAAAAGAGGAAACUAAGAAACUGAAGGAGGGUGAGACGUCAAAGACAAAAUCAUACAAUGCCAAAAUAUGGGUGGAAGAGGCAAAAACCCCAGAAGAUCUCAAAAUACUGGAAACAUUUAAGGAUCUUGUGAUUUACCAAAAGACACCAAUCCGUGUGUUACACCGUCGUAACCUUGCAACAAGGGAGCGAGUAGUCCACAGUAUGCAAGCACAGUAUAUAGACGAUCACCAUUUCCAGUUGAACCUCAGCACACAAGCCGGCACGUACAUAAAAGAAUUUGUCCACAGUGACUUUGGGCGUACCGAACCAAAUCUCGGCAGCUUACUGAAAUGCCAUGUUGAUAUUUUGGAACUGGAUGUAGCAUCUGUGGAUCUAGAUUGGCCAAAAAAACUGGACAACACAAACAACCAACCAACCAACCAACCACAAGUUGAGCUUUGAAGCCAUCAGGUCUGGAAGUGUUAUGAUUAAAACAUUUAAUUUUCAACUAAUGAAUUUAGAUAAUAAAAUUAAACAUUUAAAUGUGUGGCGCUCUUUCCAUGCUUAUUCAAGUAUUUACAGUAGAUAAGAAAAUUAUACAUGGGCGAGUGACUAUUCAUCACCACUAUGUAGUUAAUUGAUAAGUUGAAUACAAAGCUUUGUAGUUCAGGGAGCCAGUUACAGAUGGAAUAAACAUUGACAUCGGAGCAGGAAAAGAGGUGCAAUGUCACCAGCGUACAGUGCCAUCCCUGUGAGUAGCAGCAAAAGAGGAAAUGAAACAAAAUGGACAAAUGACAUCGUCUUAUACAGAAGUCGAAUAAACACAGAAUUUACCUAAACAUGUGUUUUAUUAAUUAACUAAUACAGUAUUUACAUUUGAAUUUAAUUUCAAAUUUAUAUUUGAAGGCACCUUGUGUUUUCAAAUUGUAUGUAAAUUUGGAAUCUGUUGCCAAGUAACUUUUAUAUACAGUAUUAAGUGGUUACAAUCAGGAUUCAUAAACAGUUACAUUUUUACUAUCUCUUGAAUAUCAAAUUGUCGAAACCAACAUUUCAGAGCAUAAUAAAUAAAUCAUCAAUAAGACAAAAGGAUUGUUUUUGAAUGGUGUUAAGUUAACUGCCGUCGUAUCCAAUCUUGUUUACUUUAUUCUGUACAGCAUCUUACGUUGCAUACGAUACUGAAUCUCGCCUCGUCUCAUCAUCAAAUGGAUCACUUUGUAAAUCGAGCGUUCAGGAUAUUUCUAUAAAGACAAAGAAAUAUGAAGGUUAUUAAAAAGAA